AUGACAACACAUAACAGUGCGGUUUCUUUCGAUGAUCUGCCACUCGACCCCAAUGGUCCACCCGGAAAUGCCUGGGGUCGCUUCGGGCCCUCCGACCAGCUCGGCACAUUGAAUCUGCUCAUGCCUGAGGUGGUUGUGGAAGCGGCAAAGGAAAUCCAAACUGGGGUACGCAUUUCGCUGGACUGGCAGCUCAGCAUGCCUUCGUAUCCGAGCUUUAAUCGCGAACCAUUCAAACAAGAACUCGUGCUUCGAAAGCCGAACUGCAUCUACGAUGAUAUCUUGACGUUUAACAGUCAAGGAUCGAGUCAAUGGGAUGGCUUCCGACAUUACGUCGUGGCUGAGAAUGGAGGAAUCACCGGCCGCGGGGUGUUGGUCGACUACGCAGACUGGGCUGCCUCCAAGUCCAUCUCGAUCUCUGCUCUCCAAUCCGAACCGAUUACCCUGCCCCAUCUCAAGCAAAUCGUCGAAGACCACAAACUCGAAUUCCGCAAAGGCGAUAUAUUGUUCAUUCGCAGUGGAUUCACCGCAGCAUACAAUCAACUCGACAGCCAGCAACGGCGGGAUCUUGCCCUUCGGUCAUCUCCGGAUUUCAAUGGUGUGGAAGCGACGGAGGACAUGCUGCGAUGGCUCUGGGAGCACCAGUUUGCUGCGAUUGCCGGAGACGCGCCGAGUUUUGAAAGGGCUCCGAUCCGGGGCGCCCAUGCAAAACCAAACUUCAAUCUGCAUGAAUGGGUGCUGGCGGGCUGGGGCACUCCGAUUGGGGAGAUGUUUGAUUUGGAGAAGCUAUCUCAGCAUUGCAAGACUACAGGCAGAUAUACAUUCUUCCUGUCAAGCAUGCCCCUCAAGGUAGGUGUCCUUUAA